AUGCCUACCGGCGAAGUACUCUCUCAGUUCGCUCAGUCUGAGUCUGAAGCAACCGGCCUGGGCCCUGUUCAGGACACCACGGACCCUACGCCCCAGAGUCUCCUUGAAAGGCAUCAAAACCUCGCCGCCCGGCCAAACAACCCUACAUACCAUCCUGCUGCCCCAUCAAAUGACGGAGCGCCUCAGGCGAGUCAGGCAAGUCAGCCAAUACGCACUAGAGAGAUCGAUACUGAUAGCGUCGGGAAUAGGAUCGGGUCAGAAGUACUGGGGCACGAACGCCGUCCUCGCUUGCUGCUGAGAUUGAGGCGCAGAUAA